AGUCAGCAAAUAAACAAGAGGAAGACGUAGAUGCCCCGUAACCCCUCCCUCUCUCUCUCUCUAAAAACAAAGAGAGAGAGAAAAGAAGAAAAAACGAAUCAAAUCCCAAGUUUGACCGGACCUCCAAAGUGAGAGCGACACAAAAGGCACCCCAUUUCUUCCUCCCACAACUUCAUCUUGCAGAUUGAUACUACUCCUAUUUCUAUUUGAUUUUGAAAAACAUGAAGAUGGUAUUGGGAAAUCAAGAGCGAAAAUGCGUGUGUGUGUGGAUAUUUUAGAAUAUUAAUGGAGCUCACAAAUUGUCUGUGAUAGCCGACAAUUCUGAACAUCGUACCCAAAAGCCUCACCAAACUACUUUUAUCUAUCCAUCUCCUACAACUCCCUUCUUGCUCUUGCUCUUCCUAGCUGCUCCUCAUUCUCCUUCCUUUCUAUUCUCUAUUGACCAAAAGAUGUGAAUGAUACCGAAACUAAGAGAAAUAAUUUGUGAUGAUGAACCACGAAACACUAUCUCUAUCUUCAGUGGUUGCGAUUAAAGAAGCUGCUUUUCUCGUGAUUCUAUUGAUGGGAUUCUAUCUCAGUGGAUUAAAUGCUAGAAGCUUGGCUUCAAAACCAGAAAGUAGCGGGGAGGUCGCCACGUUACUAUCCUUCAGGCAAUCUUCAAUCCAAAGUGAUCCCAAAGGCUUCUUGGCCAACUGGUCCCCAUCAUCUCCGACCCCGUGCUCCUGGAGCGGCGUCUCCUGCUCCGACGACGGCAGAGUCUAUCGCCUCGACUUCACCAAUGCUGGCCUAGUCGGCCGCCUCCACAUCUCCCAUCUCACGCCGCUCCCCGCCCUCACCACCCUUAUCUUCACCGGCAAUUCCUUGGACGGAAAUCUCUCCUCCUCCUCCUCCCCCUCCUCUUGCAGCUUUGAGUCGCUCGACCUCUCCGUCAACAGCUUCUCGGAGCCGCUGGCGGCGGAUUCGCUGCUGAACUCUUGUAGUAAGCUUGCCUUUUUGAAUCUCUCUCACAACUCAAUCCCGAGCGCUACCCUCAAGCUCGGACCUGCUCUCUCUCAACUCGACCUCUCCGCAAACAAGAUUACCGAUUUAGGCCUAUUGACUUGGCUGCUUUCCAGCUGCCAAAACUUGAAUCUGCUUAAUUUCUCCAGCAAUAAGCUCGCCGGAAAGCUCCAGACCUCUUUCCCGUUGUGCAAGAGCCUCGAGGUUUUGGAUCUCUCUAACAACCGUUUGGAGGGGCAAGUGCCGCCUGCCUUGCUCAAAAACUUGCCCUCAUUGAAGAUUCUUCAUCUCUCAAGCAAUAACUUCACCAGCGAUCUCUUCAAUUUGGAUUUUAGGUCUGUUACAAAUCUCACCAUACUCAAUCUCUCUCACAACAGCAUCUCCGUCUCCGGCUUUCCGGCGACCCUGGGUUACUGCCAGAGCCUCCAAACUCUGGAUUUGAGCCACAACAUUAUCAAACUGAGGAUUCCCGGAGACUUGCUUGCGAAGAUGAUGAAUCUGAAGCAGCUGGUUUUAGCUAGCAAUGGAUUCUUCGGUGAGAUUCCGUUACAGCUGGGGGAAAUUUGCAGGUCAUUGGAGGUUCUCGAUGUUUCUGGGAAUCAGUUAACCGGAGAGCUUCCUUCAAGCUUCGCGUCGUGUUCAAGGCUCGUUACUCUCAAACUCAGCAGCAAUAAUCUCUCUGGCAGCUUUCUCGAUACUGUGGUGAGCUCCAUUACAAGCCUCAAGUAUCUGUACGUGGCGUCCAACAACAUUUCCGGCGCGGUGCCGCCGUCGCUCACCAACUGCACUCGCCUUGAGGCUUUAGACCUCAGUUCCAAUAAUUUAACAGGAAAUGUGCCUUCUGAGUUGUGCUCCGGCAAUUCCGUUCUCGAGAAACUGUUGCUGGCCAACAAUUAUCUCUCCGGAGCAGUGCCGUCGGAGCUGGGACUCUGCAAGAAUUUGAGGAGCAUUGAUCUCAGCUUCAACGACUUGAGCGGCUCACUACCGCCAGAAAUCUGGACGUUGCCGGCGCUGUCGGACGUGGUGAUGUGGGCGAACAAUCUGAGCGGCCAAAUCCCGGAAGGCAUUUGCAUCAACGGGGGGAAUCUCCAGACUCUGAUCCUCAAUAACAAUUUCAUAUCCGGAACUCUGCCUAAGUCCAUCGUCAACUGCACCAAUCUCAUUUGGGUGUCAUUGUCCAGCAACCGCCUCUCCGGCGAAAUCCCUCAAGAUAUAGGCAACUUAGUCAACCUCGCCAUCCUUCAGCUCGGGAACAACUCCCUGAGUGGAGCAAUUCCACCGGGAAUCGGAAACUGCCGGAGCCUGAUAUGGCUCGAUUUAAACAGCAACGAGCUGCGGGGAGGCCUGCCCCCAGAGCUGGCCGCACAGACUGGUCUCAUAGUCCCGGGAGUUGUUUCCGGGAAGCAGUUCGCAUUCGUGAGAAACGAAGGCGGCACGGAAUGUCGUGGCGCAGGCGGAUUAGUGGAAUUCGAAGGGAUUCGUCCCGAUAGGCUGGCGAAUUUUCCGAUGGUGCACGCGUGCCCUUCGACAAGGAUUUACUCGGGCAUGACGGUUUACACAUUCACGGGCAAUGGGAGCAUGAUCUACCUGGACCUCUCCUACAAUCAACUCUCGGGUAGCAUUCCUGCGAGCUUGGGCUCCAUGACAUAUCUGCAGGUUCUAAAUUUGGGGCACAACGGUUUAAGUGGUGAGAUACCCUCGAGUGUUGGAGGCCUAAAGAGUGCUGGUGUACUUGAUCUCUCUCACAACAAGCUUCAGGGGUUCAUCCCAGGAUCGUUAGGGGGUCUAACCUUCCUCAGCGAUCUCGAUGUUUCAAACAACAAUUUGUCCGGCCUCAUUCCUUCCGGGGGGCAGCUCACCACAUUUCCAGCAUCCAGAUAUGAAAACAACUCCGGGCUGUGCGGGGUUCCGUUGGCGCCUUGCGGCUCGGGGGAGGGGCGACGUGCGUGGCACUCAUCCUCGCGAGGGAAGAGGCAGAGCAUGGCCGUGGGGAUGGUGAUCGGAAUCAUGGCGUCGGUGACGUGUAUAAUGCUGCUUGUGUACGCGCUGUACAGAGCGAAGAGGAGUCAGAGAAUGGAAGAGAAGAGAGACAAGUACAUGGAGAGCCUGCCGACCUCAGGCAGCAGCAGCUGGAAGCUAUCGAGCGUGGCGGAGCCGCUGAGCAUCAACGUGGCGACGUUCGAGAAGCCGCUGAAGAAGCUGACGUUCGCGCAUUUGCUGGAGGCGACGAACGGGUUCAGCGCGGAGAGCCUGAUCGGGUCGGGCGGGUUCGGGGACGUGUACAAGGCGCAGCUUCGGGACGGCAGCGUGGUGGCGAUAAAGAAACUGAUACACGUGACGGGGCAGGGCGAUCGGGAGUUCAUGGCGGAGAUGGAAACGAUAGGGAAAAUCAAGCACAGGAAUGUGGUGCCGUUGCUGGGGUACUGCAGGGUAGGGGAGGAGAGGCUGCUGGUGUACGAGUACAUGAAAUGGGGGAGCCUGGAGGCAGCGGUGCACGACAGGGAGAAGAUGCGGCUGGACUGGGCGGCCAGGAAGAAGAUCGCCGUGGGGUCGGCCAGGGGGCUGGCCUUCCUCCACCACAGCUGCAUCCCUCACAUCAUACACCGCGACAUGAAGUCCAGCAACGUCCUCCUAGACCACAACCUGGAGGCCAGGGUGUCGGAUUUCGGGAUGGCCAGGCUCGUCAACGCCCUCGACACGCAUCUCAGCGUCAGCACGCUGGCGGGGACCCCCGGCUACGUGCCCCCGGAGUACUACCAGAGCUUCAGGUGCACCACCAAGGGGGACGUCUACAGCUACGGCGUGGUGCUGCUGGAGCUGCUCUCCGGGAAGAGGCCCAUCGACACCGCCGAGUUCGGGGACGACAACAACCUCGUGGGAUGGGCCAAGCAGCUGCACAAGGAGAGGAGGAGCGAUCAGAUAUUGGAUCCGCAGCUGCUCACUACCCUCUCCGGGGAUGCCGAGCUCUACCAUUAUCUCAACAUCGCCUUCCACUGCCUCGACGACAAGCCAUACCGGAGGCCUACCAUGAUUCAGGUCAUGGCCAAGUUUAAGGAGCUGCAGCCCGACUCCGACACCGACAUUCUUGAUGGAAUCUCCUUCAAGAAUGAGGUCAUUCAUGAAUCGCACGAGAGGGAGACUUAGCUCUUGCUCUUGCUCUUGCCCUUGCCUCUGUAUAUAACACAUUAAUUGCUUCUCUUUCCUAUCCCAAAUUUUGUCCAUUCAUCAAAUCAUUAUUUUUUGUUA